AUUCAAGGAAGCGUUGGCCUUGUAAAACAUUCCUACGAAAUCCGAUGUGGCCAGGAUUCCGUAACAAGUAUUCCAAUUACCAUUUUCUGUACUCUUUGUGUAAGCAGUGGAAAAGAUCUGAUCCUUCUGUGUGCACGUCCACGGCUGUGCACGUCCUUUAGUGCGGCAGAGCGUGUACGAGUUUGUAUUCGUGAGUCUGUUGUACGGCGAGUGUGUUGUGUGCGAAGCAGCUAAUUCCGUUUUCUGAGACAGCAGCAGAAGAAGACUACGUACAGAAAACAUUGCCAAAUCAUCAAUAGGUGAUGUUCGAGGAGUUCGAUAGGAGUUCGAGCUAAGUGAAAGAAAAGGAAAAUAAUCCAAUCAACCGAAACACCCACAACGCGUAAGCUUUGGUUCUGGUUGCUACUGCAUCGUGUGAACGUAUGGGCAGGCGCUUUGAAGGUUGUGUGAGACGAUAGCUGAUACGCUUUCUAGAAGGGAUAAUCAAAGAUGAAACAAACCUAGAGAAUAGUAGUACUGCUCAUCGGAUCAACCACCAUCAACAGCAACAUCGCAGCACCGAUAGCAGAAGUGUGAUUAGCGACGACCGAGAAGCUCCAGGAGUGAUGCCACCGAUUAAUUCCAGCCAAAGUGUCAUGACUGAUUCACAAGGUUUAAUUCUACCGAAGAAGCUCGUUAACCCGGUGCUGGAAUCGAUGGAUCGCCAGAACUUGCAUCGCGAGCUAAAGUUCAACCAGAAAAUUGGUAAAAGUGUGCUGAACCAAAAGUCGGAGCUACAGCGGGCACUUGAAAAGCAAAAGGAGCGCCAGGUGCUGGCAGCCCAAAAUCUGACCAAACAGCAGCAGGCGGAGCAAACGAUCGCUAGUGAACUGGGUCGUGUGAUCAUGCAUCGGGCACAGCGUUUGGAACAGCAGAAAAUGGGCGGUGGAGGGGGGAACGGUACCGAAACUGGCGGCUCUAUUAACCCGGAAUACUUGAACGUUCGAGCCAAACUACGUGCAACCGUCGACACAAAGUGAACAAAUCGGUAUCCUUCGAUAUUCUGUGGUUCCCUGCGUGUUCCACUUGUGGUUGUUGCUGUGCCCACAGAAAAAGAAAACACCGUCUCUUUUUUCCUGCAACAGGUUUGCUCCGCGCUGGAGAUGCCAUACACGUUAAAUACUUCUUGGUACCGCGGUGCGAGCUCACCCGCAAUUAUCGAUGUUCUUGUCUUGCUAGCCGGGCCAAUGUCGACGUAACACAGUGCAAAUGGCAACAACAGACAAACGUUCCGAGAUUGUUUUUCUUGAGAUUUUCCAUUCCACGGAAAAUCACUUUGUCUUAAACUUGUCUUAGACUUUUAUGUUUUACUGCAAUACGUUUUAUUGAAAAAAAGGAAAGAUAAAGAGAAAAAAUCUUCAAGGUAUUACAGUGUAGAUUAUUAGAUUGCGUGAGAUAUCGCUUUGUUUUAAAGGAUGGAAUUAGCAAAGAUGAGUAAAGAAGAGAAAUUCAUCAUCUCUUCCCGGUAAGGGAUUGUUUUUAUCGCUCCCAGUUUACCAUCUGGCUUAUGUGUUUGUGUGUGUGAAUGUAAAAGGCACUCUUGUGGCAGGGUAAAGUGUGUCUUAGACAUCGGUGAUAUUUCUGUUUGUGUGUACCUUGGCACAACCGUGCAACCCAGCGAGUAAACAAUUAUAGGCUUUAAAUAGGUAUAAUGGACUAUUAUGUAGUCAAAAGGAUUUUCAUUUUAUUUGUAUUGUCCGUCACUUUCAUCUCAAUCGAUAAGCCUUAUUUUUAUUUAAUGAGAGAUUUAAAUAGAUGCAUAUAUUCUGAUAUCGUCUUACACCACUAUUCCUCUUGUGUUGGUGCCAAUGAGCGUCAUUUAGUAAACAGAAAAAAACAGAUAACAUAACAGUCUCAUUAACAUACCUUUCGAGCACACAUUUAGAUGGCCUUUGAUUGUGGCGGAUAAUGUUCUACAUAAUAAUAAUACGUCGAUAAUACGAAAAGCUACAUCGUGUAGCUGAAUGAAAUAUUUCCAGUAAAACGGCUUAUGUGAUAAAUAAAUAAAAGUAAUUGUAACGUGAACCCGCUCAGAUUAGUGUACAAAUAAUCCCGAAUUAACAAAACUAGCCAUAGCGAAAUUUAAAUAAAAGAACAAAUGAGCAAAAACAAAUAAUAAGCAACUCCAAAAUAUAAAUAUGUACAUGUUCGUAAGAUGAACCUAUUUUACCGGGUGAACAUUUUCAUAUCACUGCGUUAAAUGAAAAGUAAACAAGACACAAGUAUGGCAACACAGAUGAACCAACUGACAUGCCUUGGAGUAUUACAGGUUAGACGCAAUGAGUGACGUCGUUGAAUUGCAAAGUCAAUAUAGCAACCAUGUUGAUACGAUGUUACCUUACUUUUAGUUUCAUGGACUAUGCUACAUAUGAUUAAAUACCCGUUUUAUUUACUGUAGUAGAUCUAAAAUGCAGUGAUGCGACGAACUAAUUGCUCCGGUAUAAAAUGAUAAAAUGGGGUAUUAAACACCACCUUAAUCCACAUUGAACUGCUAAUAGACUGGAAAUAUUGCAUAGCGUGAAAAAGAUACAAAUAUAUUUCACAGCAUGUAGAGUUUGAUAGAGUAAUAUUAAAAGUGAUAUAUAACAUAGUAUUUCGGAAAAAGAGCUGUAGUAAACACUUUCACCAUGACAGCUGUGCCAAAUAUGUCGGUUAGUGCGAUUGAGAUGGACAUCGAAUCUUUCAUUCGGGCAAUCAGUCUCAAAUGAAAACAUUGGCUUAGUUAGUAGUUUAUUACUAAAAGGCUUAGAAGUAUUUGUUUAUAUAAUCUUAGAGGAACGAUCUGACUCGAAUUUAUAAGAUUUAGAAGUAGCAGAAGAAUAAAAAAGAUAACUUAACACAGUGGUCUCAAACUCGCGGUCCGCGAAACAGUUUUAUGCGGCCCGCGGCCACGUCCGCGGAGUAUAUAAUUACAUUAUACCAGUCAAAAUAGUCAGCAAUAAAACACAACAAAAUGUUUUUAUCGGUUCAGCUGCCGGCACAGAAAUGACCGAUACGAUUGAUUUAAAAUCCAAACCAAAUCAGCGUGCGUAAAAUUUAAUGGAAAAACAUUUUCUUUAUGUGGUGCGGCCCGCUGACUAGCUGUUGCUUUCCACUGCGGCCCGCUGACUAGCUGUUACUUUCCAAUACGGCCCACAUGCUAAUAUGAGUUUGAGACCACUGACUUAACAUCUAGUUGGCGAACCUUGAUCAUUUCGAAGCACGACAAUAGCAAUGAAACGUACUUAAAACUCGAAAAGGAUGAUAAAACCUGAUUGUAAUGAGCUACCACUGGAGAAAAUAAUAAGCCUUAGCUGCUGUGCCAACAAGGAAUUCUGAAUGACAGAGACUACUUUCAGAACCAUCAUUUACCUUUAAAGGAUAUUUAAGAGACCAUCGUAUCAGGGCCCCCUUUGCGGAGCAUUUAAGCCACACUACAUUCGUACACAUUGUAUUAUACUCCCCCGAAGAGGGACACGGUGGAAUAGUUGCUAGGACAAGAAGCCAACAAUGAACAAUUCUAUAGAAGCGUAGCGUUUUUGUUUUACGUAUCCAAUGACCAAGGUAACGAGAAUUUCACAGGCGAAAUUAUUACAAUAUCAAAUCUCAACCUGCUGUUGGCUGUAGGGUAAGGAUUUUCCCUCCUCAACGAUACCCGUAGAUUUGUGAUUAAGCAAACACGUUACAAGUAACAAAAAUAAGUGACUGAAGAGAAACACAUGAAUUGAAAGAAUAUGUGUGUAUACAUGUAUUCAAUAUAGCUGAAGAAUGAUGAAAGAUGCAUGGAUAUACUAGUGUGCCGAAUGUGUAAGAAACUUAACAGUUUCGUUCGUAUAAGGAGAGACCUAUUUUAAAAGAAGGAAAAUUCAGAAUAUAAACAUUGAGUCUGUCGGUUGUAUUGUCGGUGUCGGUAUGCAUGGCUUUGUUUGACUGACUUUUGAUGAGUUUAGAGCUCUCUUCCAAUGUAUUUUAUUUGAUUGAUUUUCUAUGGGUUUUACUGGAGCUUAUACUCUAUAACAAGUUUGUCGAACAUUAUCAACGGUGGUGACAUGCACUAUGUUAAAUUACCAACGUGAUUGCAAUAAACUAGCACAAAAUUUCAAUAUACGUCGGGAGUGGCUAGCUGUAGAAAAUCAACAACAAGUAAA